AAAUUUCUCUGUCGGUUAAACUAAAGGUGCGUAUUCAUCUGAGCACGAACGGGAACGAGGCAAGGCGAGGCCGAACGGACGCUUGCCGCAUGCCUCGGUUGUUCAAAUUUGAAGUCGCGAACGGUUCGCCGAGGCAGCGAACAAAGUAGCUAUCCGCCGCACACCCGAAUAGAUGGAAAUAUGUGAUCAGUGCGCACUACGCUCUAAACUAACUAACAAUAAUUUCGCAAAAAUAGUAUGGCUGAUGACGACGUUCUAGUAAUCAGUACUGCAGCAUUUAUUGUGAUAGCCGGUCUAUCCAAAAGAAAGAAGAAAAAGCGCUGGUGGACUACUAAAAUAUAUCGUAAUAGGUUGGUUACACGUGGAAAAUUAUUCUUAAAUGAUUUGAUGCAGGAGGACGGAGCACAUUUUCGAAAUUUUACCAGAAUGUCAUCCGACGACUUUUUUUAUUUAUUGGAAUCAAUUCGUGACAAAAUUACGAGAAGUGACACACAUUUUCGAAAAGCCAUCACUGCUGAGGAAAGAUUGGCCAUAACAUUAAGAUACUUGGCAACUGGUGACUCGUUUAGUAGUCUACAAUAUUUAUUCAACGUAUCAAAACAAGUUAUUUCAAAAUUUGUCCCGGAAGUAUGCAAAGAAAUAAUAAAUACAUUGAGUCAACACGUAAAGAUGAAUGGUUAA